CUGCCAGAUCGAUCGAUAGAUUGGUUUAUAUUAUCGUGGAGACACAAACAUGUAGUCUCCUAGCUCCCUCCUACUCGAGCGAAUGUGGAACCGAUAGAAACAUGUAUAUCAUCCAGUUGUAAUUUUACUUGGAAAAACAGAAGAUAUGCUUCAAACGGAAGAUAGUCCUUCCAGCGAAAUGUCGCAGAUAGUUACUGACAAUCAACCUAAAGGAGAUCAGGCAGCAUGCACGUCAUCGGACUGUCCGUCCAAUCGUUCAGAAAGCAGCGAAGAUAGCAGAGGAAGGCUGUUGGCCCUGGAAAACGAAUUACAGGCUCGAACACGUGACCUGGAAAGGCUCAAAUUUAAGAUUGACAAAAUGAAAACUCAGCAAAUUUCUGGUGUAUCGACUCCCAGAAGGGAUACAAAACCAAUAAAUAUAAGAAUAGAGCUGGAACGACUCAAAAAAGACAAAAAAGUGAUGGCAGAAUUGCUAAAACAGUCCCAACAAGAAAUUGCAAGAAAAGAAUCCAUCAACAAGAAACUUAAACAAGAAAACGAUAAAUUAAGCAGGACGUUAUCGUCGUUAAGAACAAAAUUAACAGAAAAUGGACGUAACAAACACCUUCUUGAACAAUUAGAAAAGGUACGCAACGAGUUAUCACUACUCACGAGUAAAAGUGAGCGAAUGGAACACUAUAGUGAAGGUCAGGACAUUCAAGAGCAGAGUCGAAUCAUAGAAGAUCUCAUUGUCGAAAAGGAGCAAUUGAAGCAGUGUUUAUCAGCAAUUUAUUUAAAAAUAACCCCCUAUGCAGUUAGUUUACCUUCUCGUGACACUCCUUCGCCCGUCUGGACAGAAGAUGUUCGAAAUACUUUCGAGCAGUUUUGUCAAGAGAAGAUAAAACUGGAAAGGGAAUUAGAGCAUCUCAGACUAAGAGUCAAGUCUAGGAACGACUCUCAGGAGGACAAUAAAAAUAAUUACGAAACAACAAUAAGCGAAUGUUCUACCGAAAGUAAAGUCGAUUGUGACAUACCCAUGAACAUUUCUGAAGAUCUGGAUAGGGAUCUUUCUCCUAUAAAUGACCAUCGAGAUAUGGAAGUUUGUAAGUGGAAAGAGAUGUAUCAACUAGUGUGCGACAAGUACCGUUCAACAGAACGCUCUCUACUAGAAAACGAGAAACAGUUAGAUUGCAUUUAUUCUUCUCUGGAGAAUACCGCUCGACAUUUUUUUGGAGAAAACACAAAUUUCACUAAACUAACUUCCGAUAGUGCCAUCAAAGUCAUCAAUCGCCUAUCUGAAGAAUGCACACAUCUAAAAGAAUCUCUAAAAAAAGUCAGAAAAGAAGAAGAGAAUCAAUUUUAUUUACAAAAUUGCAUUAUAGAUGCGGAGAAAAUAUUACAGAAAGAUGGAAGGACUACCUCAACAUUGAAAACAGUUAUUGGUGAUCUAAACAUUGCUUCUAACAUGGAAAGUAAAUUUGCUUCCUUAGCGGAAACAAUGCUCCAAAUUUAUACAAAUCAACUAGAAUGGGUUAAACAAUUGGAACAUAAUAAUGCACAGUCCACUUCAGAAGGUGAAGAUGCUCACUCAUCAUCUCCACAAUGUAAAGAUACAAGUAGUGAUAAACAAAGUGAUGAAGAAGUAGAUAGCAAGCGGGUUAACGAAGGGAAUUUAUUAAAAGCCAACGAAAAUGAAAAUGAAAAAAUUGAAAAUUCUAAACAUAUUGAAGUUAAUGAAGAAUUAAUUCACAAGAGUGAUGUGUCGGAUAUUCAUCAGAUGCCCGAAAAUAACACUUGUGUUGAAGAUGAAGUUGUUGAACAACAGCACACAGAAUUAGAAAGUAAUCCAAUAAAUCCUACUGAAGAAAGAACAAGUGAAACAGUGAUUAGUGAUAUUCCAGAAAAGGAAAGUGAAGAAACUGUAGAUAAAGAAGGAGAAACAGUGACUAACAAUAAUAAUGUUAAUGUAAAUGAAGAAAAACAAGAUGAUUCUGAAUCUGAAUUUAAAGCCGAGGAUCAAGAACUGCAAGUAAAAAGUGAAGAAAAUUUAGAAGCACAAAGUCAGAAUGAAGAUGAAUCAAAAAUACUAGACGAAAAUGAAAAAGACAGCGAUCAAGAAGCACAGUCUGAUGAUGAAAAUAGUCAGAAGCUACCAAAUGAGAAUAUUGAAGUACAAGAAACCCCUAUUGAAAAAGAAUAUAGUGAAGAAAUAGCAUCCGAAAAUCUAGAAGAAAAAGAAAAGCACACUGAUAAUGAGUGUAGUCAAGAAGAACAGAAAGAACAAUGUCAGAAUGAAAAUAGCCAGGAGGAUCCAUCUGAGAAUGCAAAUAGUCAGGAAGAACCAUCUGAGAAUGAAGGUGCUCAGGAAGAACAGGAAUCAUCUGAGAAUGCAAAUGAUCAGGCGGUACCAUCUAAGAAUUCAGAUGGUCAGGAGGAGCCAUCUGAGAAUGCAAAUAAUGAGGAGAUACCAUCUGAGAAUGCAAAUGAGCAAGAAGCACCAGUUGAGGAUGAAAGUAGUAAAGAUGUGUCAGUUGAAGACAUGGAACAGGGUAUAUCCAAAAGUGUCGUUGAAGAGAACGUACAAGCUGAGAAUGCAAAUGACCUAGAAACACCUUGUAAUGCUGUUGUGCAGGAAUCACAAACUGAAGACGUAAAUGAUCAAACAAUACCAAGUGAAAAUAUAGAUGCAGAAAAUAUAAAGACCGAAAAGGUAGAUGAUCAGGAAACAUCAGCUGAGAAUGAAGAAAAUCAGAAAAUGUUAAGUGAAAAUGAAAGUAAAGAUGACAAAGAAACAAUUGAAAUUGCGGACGAUGUAAAAGAUGACGAUGAUGAUGAACAUACUAAAGAAAUGUUAACUGAAAAUGCCAAUCAAGAUGAUGAGAAGCAAAAUGAGUCAGUGGAGAGUGAAUCAAAACAGGAAAAUGAAGAAAAUAUACAAAGUGAAUCUCAAUUAGAUGUUCAGGAAAGUACAGAUAAAUCAGAGGAACAUGGAGUUGAGGUAACGGAAGCCGAUGACACUCAGGAAGGAGAGGGUAAAACUGAUAAUGUUGAAGAAAUUAUUGAAAAGAAAGAAUCAAACGAAGUAGAAGGCAGUAAUACACAAGAAGAACAAUCCACAGAAACUAAACAAGAUGAGGAAAUUGGCGAAGGAGAUUCAGAAAAAGAAGCAGCGGACAAAGACGAAGAUUCUAAACAAAAUUCCGCAAGUGACUUACAAAACGAACCUGCAGAAAAUGUCCCUGAAACUGAUUGUAUUAUAAAUGAUGAAAAAAAUUGCAAUUCUCAUCAAGAUUCUUUAACAGAAGUAUCGGAACAUUGUGAGAAAGAAUUAGAAGCGGAUAACAUCAAAGAUUCAAAACAUGAGGAUGCUGAACAAAACGAUAUUAAUGAAAGAAACGAAGAACAGGAAGAACAAUCUUUGCAAGACAGCACUGGAGAUUUUGAUAAAGAGAUAUCGAAAAAUGAGUCAGAUGUCUCUGUUGAGAAGCAAGUAGAAGCUAUUCAAGAUGAUGAAGAUAAAGAAGUAUCGGAAGAUUCGAAGAAAGAAGAAGAAGAAACUACAGAGAGUUUGGAAAAGGAACAGUUAGAUUCAGAAGAAGAAAAAACAAAACAAGAUGUUGAAGAGCGUUCCGAAGAAAAAAGUGUAGAAAUCCACAAAGAUGAAGUGAAGUCAACAGAAGAGGAACCUAAACAAGAACUAACUAAUGAAGAUAGCGAAGAAAAAUGUCAAGAAAACGGAAGCUUAGAAAAUAAAGACGCUGCUAUUGAAGCUUUACAUGCUGAAGUUGCCACUGCUGUUGAAGAUGAUGAUGAAAAAACAAAUCAAAUCGAAGAAACUGUGGAUCAAGAUGUAGAUAAAUCAAAACCUAACGAAAUGAGUUAUGAAAUAAAGGGAGAAGAAUCAGAAGACCAAGAUAAAAAUGAUACAGAAGGAGAUGCAUUAUCUGAAAUGAAAAGUGAAGUUGCAACAACAAAUUUAGAGGAAGAAGCUGCUGAAAAUUCAAUUUCUGCUCAAAACGUGGAAGAUAAGUCUGUAGUUGUAGAUUCAAACGAUGAAAAAAUAAAUCCUGAGGAGUCUGAAAGCGAAAUUGUAGAAAAUGAUCAAUCUGUUGAUGAGAGCAUAUCUGAGAAAAUAGCUGCGGAACAAGAAAGCGAAAAUUUUGGCAAUAAUUCUGAAGCUGACAAUAUUCCAAAAAUUUUAAAAAGUGAUGUAGAUUGUGCAGUUGAAACUGAUCAAAAUUCUCAAAAUGAAAACCUAACAACAGACGAUCCAAAAUUUCUUUUUAGUAACGAUGUGAAGAUUGUCAUUAAUUCAGCAAGUAGUGAAGUAUCAGAAAGCACUGAUGACCAGCUCUCAAUUUCUGCUCUACCUCCUUCAAACUUGGAUAAUCAUGACUUGGAAGACGUAGAUGACAUAGAUGUAGACGCUACUCCUGUCAUAGAACCAAUUAUAACUAAAGAAAAAGUGGAAACAAAGGAAAACCUCUUUUACUCACCUCCAAUUGAAGCAGAAGGUUCAAAAAACGGGAACGCAUCUCCAACAUCUGAUAAAGAAGCAGAGUUAAGCCAAGAGAGAUUCGCAAAAAGGAUUGAGGAGCUCGAAACGGAGAUGUUGGAGAUGAAAGAAGUUAGACAACAUCAUAUGCAGGUGGCUUGUGAACUAGCGGAACAAUUGGAAGCCAUGAAGAAACGUGAGUCAGAACUUCGAGAGCAAUUAGCAUCGGCCGAAAAGAAUUCAUCACUAGAAGUAGAAGGGAUGUACAAAGAAUGGAGUGGAAGAGAACAAAGUUAUCAAGACGAAAUCGCAGCUUGGAAGGAGAACGUUCAACAACAGAAUUCAGUUUUGCAAAGGUUGAAAGCUGAUCUCGAUCAAGCGCAACAAAUGGUACAACAAAAAGAACAAGAAAUUGCACAGCUGAGAGGUGAAAGAGAUUUAUUGGAAUCGGAAACUCAAACUUCGGAUCAAGAAGAUGCUUCAAAUUCUAAAGAAUUGAAAGCAACAGUCGAAAGAUUGAGAAAAUCUAGCGAACAUUAUCAACAGCAACUGCUAGAGAAUAGGACUGUCGUAAGAGAAGUUAAAUCCAUCAUAGAAGGUUCUGUGGCUCAAUUGGUAACUCUUAAGGCUAUGGGAACUAAACACAUGAAGAGGGAAUAUGUUUAUAGAAGUAAUUUGGCUCAGAAAGAACAAGAUCUGAAACACCUUCAACAAGAGCUGGAUAGACAGACAAUAGAUUCUAGAUCGAAAGGGAAUAUCAUAGAUAAGCAAAGACAAGAAAUUAGAUUAUUGAAGGAAGAAUUGAGGAAGUACCAAAAUGACAUAAGUGCCAAAGUAGAGUUUAUCGAUGAACUUCAAAAUAAAGUGCAAAAUCUAAUGAUGUCAGAAGUUAAAGAAAUUAAUAUAAAGCCAAACUACAGAGAAAUAUUUUCUGUGGGAGAAAGAUGUUUAGAAGAGCAACAUCUACUUCACUUAGAAAAGCAGAAAGAUGAUCUGAGAAGACUGCAAGAAAGAAUUAUUCAGUUGGAAACGAAAUUUCGAGAAUCAGACAGUGCUGGUGAAGCUAGUGAUCAAGCACAAUCUACGAGGAGUCAUCCUGGUUCAGCAGGAUCAAUCGAUUCCUUAUCAGAGAGUGACAACCUUUGUCUAUGUAAAAGAAAAGAUUAUAACAAGAUCCUAAAAUUAAGUGAAGAAUCGUACUUGAAUCUAUUAACAAGUCUAAUCGUAUGCUUGGGCAUAUCGGAUUUAAAGUACAACAAAUCUCUUCUACACCUAAAUUGGUCACAGUGUAAAGAUGUUGUGUCGGAAAGGAAAGCGAAUCAAAAGAAAAUAUUAAAAUUCAUACAAAUAUUGAAAAACGAAGAAAGAAAAUUCAGUCCACGACCCAUUCAUUCUAACAGAAUCAGGUGUUCGGACGAAAGUGAAAGCAGAAAGGUAAUACCAAAGCCUCUUACUCCUCCUAAUGGACAAUCAUCAUAUAUAUCGGAUAUGAUUAGGCAUGCGGAAGAUAAUUUGGAUAAAGAGAGAUUAGUAGUGAAAGGAGAUGCCAAAAAAUUUACACCUUGGCGACCCGUAACGUCUAUUGCAGAUAGGAGAAUACCAUUAGAGUUGAAGAAUGGAGAAAUUUUGGCUUUACUUGGUUCUUCAGAUACAAAAUCAGUGCCAAAAUCUUCAAUGAAUUCCAAGUAAAGUGAAGGAAAGAGACGGACACGCUGUGAUAUAUCAUCCAAAGUAUUACGAAGAAGGAUAUUUCUUUUUUUUAGAAUUAGUUUUGUUGGAAUUAGGAAAGAGUGGAGGGACUCUUGUAAAACAUUUUUAUCGCUCGUUUUUAAGAAGUAUAUACCCGGGAUUCGACAAGUGUAGCCGAUUUUAUCUGAUGUUGUCGACGUUAUUUUUAUGAAAAACCCUUGUUGAUUAUUGGCAAUAAAAAUACAACUGUACAAAAAAGAAAUGUG